GGUUUGCACAUGUCACCCACAGGAACCUCACAGUGUGACGGUGUUGGUCCCGGGGUCUGGGACCAAGAUGAUAUCAGUACGAUGUGAAGAGCCCCAGAGAAUAUACGACUUGCUGAAGAGGUAUGGGCUGAAAUGCUCCAAUGUCUGGGAUUCAACAAUAUCCCUGUCGGCCAGGUCUCCAUGUACAGCCCUGUGUGACCACAACAUGAAUAUAGUUCAUGUAAACAGGAUCCCCUACACCGACACAUUUGGUGAACAACAACCUGAUGUGUCGACCUUCUACCACAACAUGAAACACGUCCGAAUGAAAACCGAGCGCAAUGUACUGAGGCACAAACCCUACACCUUGUCUCGGCCCGCACCAACAGCUAUACCACCACUGCAAUUGUCAACGUCAACAGUCACUACCGAGGUCGAGUGCAUACCAGUUGCCCUGUACUACAACAACGACCUGGCGAAACUGAGAGAUGUCAUCAAGGCAGACGGUCGAUUUGUCCAGUGUGUAGAUCCAGCCUUCAGGGAUAGCGAGACAAGAGAUAGAGAUCCACACAUGGUGGAAGUGGAAAAUUCCAACACAGAUCUCAUAAUGGGCCCAGGGCUUAUAGAUGUAUCGGAUGACGAAGCCGAGGACACUGGAUCGGAGAACCCAUUUACCUGCUUCUGCUGCUACGCCACUGCUAACAUAUACCUUGAAUGUGGCCACCUGUGUUGUACAGCCUGUAUACAACAACUGAAGACCGAUGAUGGUGGUGGCUUCGCAUGCGGUAUUUGCAGGAAAGCGUCCAGCUUAUACAAGCCCAUGGAAAUAACACACUACUCUGACUGUAGGUGCACAGCAUGCUUGAAGCAGAAGCAAUGGGUCUCGGAUUGUGGCCAUUUAACAUGUACAUGCUACACCGUAAGAUGUAUUAUAUGUUCUACAUCAAUCACUGGCCUUCGAAGACUGUUUACUUCUUAAGGAGUAAAAGAGGAUACGUUGAGUUGAAUUGUAUUUGUAAGAACACAGUCAUGAGGGAUAUCAUGAGGGGAUAUAAUGUAGUCAUAAGAACUGUCAGUGGAAUGGCAAAACUGUAUAUACUGUUGUAAAUACGCCAUGUUGUACAAUACAUUGUAAACAGUACUCAGAUAUGUGACCUGUUAUCAAUAAACAACUCUGGACACCUUA